UCCUGGCUUUUACAUUUCUUCCACUCUGAUCCUUUAGGCAUUUACUGACACAGCAAUGUGACUUUUCACACCAGCUCCCCACGUCCACUUCCCUGCACAACUGGGCCAGAUAAAACUGCUCCCCAAACUCAUCUGGCUGGAUAUUUUUCUCCCCACACAUCCCUCCUCUAAAACAGCGAGGCCAAGGAUUCCUCUCUCUCUUUUUUUUUUUUUUCCAUCCCUCCCUUUUUUCCUUCAGUCCAAGCCCCAGACACAGGACCCUGCAGAGGGAAAGUGCUCCUUGAAAUCAUCACCCCUGAUCCUGCUGCUGAGUCUCAAAGGAAGAGAAGGCAGCAGCAGCCUCCUGCAGCCCAGAUCUGAACAGCAGGACAAUGGCUCCAGGCUUCAAGCGAUUCCUUCUCACCUCUGUCCAGGGCAUGGGGGCUGUCUUCUUCCUCCUCCAGAUGAGCUCCGUUCGGGCUGAUGGGAGGUUGUUUGCACUUGGAUCCAGGAACAGCUCUCAGGGUCUGGAUCUAGCAGCAGCUCAGAAAUCAUGUGCUGACCUGGGUGCUCGAUUAGCCACCGCGGAGGAACUGAGGCGGGCUGUACUGGACUGUUCUUUCGCUGUGUGCGCCAGAGGCUGGUUGGCUGACGGUACCAUUGGGACAAUGGUAUGCAGUAAGACAGGCAGCAAGCAGCAGAAUGUGAAAGCCAUUGAUGUUAAAAUUGAAACCAACCCCUUUCUGAGUGGCAGAUAUGAUGCUCUUUGUGUGAAGGAUGAAGACAAGCCGUGCGGGGAUCCACCAUCUUUCCCUCACACAAUCCUGCAUGGUCACACUGGUUUUGAAAUGGGCGAUGAGCUGCUCUAUGUUUGUGCCCAGGGCUACAUCAUGGGCAACAAAGAGACUGCUUUUACAUUGCUCUGUGACAGCUGUGGAGAAUGGUAUGGGCAAGUUCAGGCCUGCAUCAAAGAUGAGGCUGAAGCACACAUUGACUAUGAAGAUAACUUUCCAGAUGACAGAUCUAUGCCUAUUACUGAACAUAAGGAUGACAGUGGCAAAGAGGAAAAGGAGCAGGGGCAAGAACAGGAUUUUUCCCUCUCUGAAGAUAUAGAGCCAGAAAGUACUGGAAGCAAUGAAGGUGUUACUGAAGCUAUGGAUUCUAUUGAGAAAGGUAGCAAGGCACCAACAGAAUCCCCUGUGUCACUACUGAGCCUAAAACACUUAUUUUGGUUCCCUGCAGAGGAUUUUAAUAAUCGUGAGUCAGAGAAAAACACAGAUGAUUUUAUUAAAACACAAUUUUCUGAUGGUGACAACCACAUUGGAGUGAAAACCAUCUACAGUGAACCUGAUGCCAAAAUGAUUUAUGACAGUGAGGAUUUCCCUAUUGGGCCUGUUUUGGUGAACAAUGAUACAACAGCAGCAAAAGAUACAUUUGCCAUUACUGAUGAAUCUUGGUUAGAUGGUUACCCUGUAACUCAAGAAGUAAUGGAGGAUGUUGAAGAGAAGGAAGAUAAAGUUGAUAGCUCAAUGGGAACAGAAGACGACAUUAUCUUUACAAAUGACCAACAAAGUCAUGUUGAAGUUAGAAAAGUAGGCAAUACCUCCUAUCCAGAAAAGGAUUUAACAAAGAUUGUGGCUUCCUCACCGAGGAUGCAUGGUUAUGAGGUGAAAGAAAUGCCAAUAGUGCUAACACCUACAAGUGCUCCUGAGAAUGUAAGUGCUAGCAAAGGCUUUGAUGAUAUCAUCAAAUAUCACCUAACUACAUCUCUGGGUUUUGUGACUCGUGAGUCUGCCACAACCACAACAUUGUAUGAUCCUACCAGAUUAAAAACUGCCACAUUAGAAACCCAUGUAACAGUCAGUCCAUUUAAUCAUAUUCCAGAUCCAAAGGCAGAACAAACAACAGCAAAUCCAAUACAAGUGGCAACCACUGUAUCAACUCGGGAUGACAUUACUCACCCAUCAUCUAAAGAAUUAAUUGAACAAGAAGCUGUCACCCAUGGCACAGGAGAAAAACGUCUCCCUACUUCUGAACCUUGUGUUGGAGAAGAGUGUCCCAGAUCAAGCAAAGGUCCUAUGAUAGCUGUCAUUGUGAUUGUUUUAUGUUUGCUAUUGCUUGCGUUUAUAUUGGCUGUUUGGUUCUUCAAAAAACGGCAACAGAAAAGUUCUGUGUAUAAACUGAAUGGAAAAGGUCAGACUAGACACCAUCACCAACAACAUAUUGAAAUGCAGAAAGUCUAACCUGAAACUUUACAGAAGGCACUACUCUGUGUAGCGGGGGUGGAGGGUGGGGGGAAGCAUGAUCAGAUGAUUUGUGGGUGCUGAAAUCCAUCAAUGAAGGAAGCUGAGGAGAAAAAAGACAAUGUGAGAUAAAAAGGAUUUCAGCUUUUGAAAUCAGAAUUUACCAUAUCUGACUUUUCACAGUCAAGGAAUCUAUAUAUUUUUACCACAACGCUCUUGUCUUCUGGUAAGUCUCAACAGGAGAAAAUGUGCUUGGUAGCACAAUUGGAGAUUAUCCUGUUUUAAUAUUUUGCUCAUACCAAUUGAUGAAAGCCAACUCUUUGUCUGCUACGUUUACUGGUUAGAGUUGAAUGACUAGAUUGGUUAGAUCACUUUGUUCUACUUGCAGUAAAACAUGGAGAUAAAGGGAAAAUUCCUUAUUGAGCUACCACCAAGUAAUUUGUGAGGAUAAGCAACGAUGAUUACAAAGAAUGUUUUAUGAGAAAAAUAUUUUCUACAAUACUUUAACGGGUUAUAUUGCAUUUAGAGAGAUGAUCAAGAAAGAUGAUCGCUAAGGUCUUUUUCUUGAGUGUUGUGAAAUUUGGUUGAUGUACAUUAAAUAUUUGAGGUUUUUGUAGGGCCAUUAAGAUAUUUUUUUCCCUGUGGGGGUGGGUCAGCAGGUAUUUUUAGCCUUAGGGAAAAAGUGUCUUUUUAUAUUAAACUUUUUUUUGGGUGGAAAUUAUGAUGUCUCACUGGGCUUGAGGCAAUACUAGAAAGUGCCAUUUUUCCAUUUUUUUUAAAUAAGCAUGGCAAUUUGUCAAAACACCCCUAAUUUCAGGAGCUAUUAGCAGCCUCUAAGUAAAAGGCAAAACAAAAUAUAGUUUUCAGAAAAACUCAUCAAAAGUCACAUAGGUCCUCUGGAACCAGCUGAUCAAUAUGCCAAAUUUAAAUAAAUAGGCAAUAAUUUAUCUAAAGUGAAAAAGUCAUAUAAAAUAUUUUUGCCAGAUUACUCUGUGGAAUGACUGAUGUUCACCAUUUUGUUUCUGGAUCAGAUAAAGAGGAGUACAAAUUGGAAAAUGAUUGAAUGUGGGAGAUGGGUAUCAAUUUAUAUGACUCCUUAUUUUGAUUUGGAAAACUAUACAAGAAAACUGCCUGCUUGUAAUAAUGGAAACUGGUGUCCUUUAGAUUGGGUGCUAUACUUCAUGGAUGCAAACAUGGAGGUUUCUUCAAGAAAACACACAAUUAAAAACAUUUUUAAGAGUAAAUAUGGACAGAGAAGAUUUCUAGCAUUGCUAGAAUAAUUUGGGCCUAUUUAGGAGGAAAGGUACUAAGAAAGGAGUACCUUUCCAAAUGACAUAUGUAGUGCUGGCAACUGUGAAUAAUCUGCAGGUCAGAAAUGAGCUCAUCUAGCACUCUACAGUGCAUUCUCAGCCAAAAUAUUCAAGCAGCUCAUUAACUAUGGAGGAGGACAAGGUGAAUUACCACAGAGAUGAAUCCGUGGAGAUCAAAAAGGGCAAAUUCUGCCUUCAGUUACGGUGAUGUGCACAUCCCAAGUAACUCUACUCAGGACAACUGACUUUGUUUUAUGAAAAGCAGAAUAUAGUCCACUAUACAUAAAUCAACUCCCAUGCUGGUAAUGAAAAUAAAGGCCUUUAAAAAUACAGCCACACACUUUGUGAAAUAAUAUGACUUCAUAGUGAUAGGACUUGACUACCCUUGUCUGGAUGCAUUCACCACAAAAACAAACUGUACAGAAAUUGUAAAUAGUGUGUUUCCUGAUAUAUGCAUGAUUGUAUGCUGUUAUGCACUCUAGAAUAUGAAAUAACUUAGUCUUACGGUUGUAAACUAUUUUUAUUCGGUAACUUUAAAAAAUGGUUUAGCAACUAAGUAACUUUAUGAAGACUUACCUAAAACAUGCUGGGCAUGUCUACAUGAAAUGCUUAAUGCUCAGUAGACUAAUUUUACUGUGCAUUAGCACAUCACAGCAAAAACCAUGUGCAUUGCUACUGUGCAUUAGCGCCAGCUACUGUGCAUUUAUGUCGUAUCUCAUAUUAGAGGUACUAAACUUAAUGCACAGUAGCAAAGGUGCAUUAAUACACAUGUAGACGUGCCUACUGUGUAUUGUAUGUAUGGACAUAUACCGAAAAAUAAAUAUGAAGACAUCAAUUUUAAAGCUUUUUGUUUAACUAAAACAUGAAGCCAGUGUUACAUUUCUACAUAGUAUUUUCAUAUGAAGUACAACUCAACAAGUAAACAAAAUUGAUACUUUUAGGCUCAGGAAACAAACAUGAUGUAAGACAGAAAAAGCAAAGUUACAAAUGCAAGCUAAACAGGUUUCUUACAAAAUACUCAAAAGAUGUUUGUUAUUCAUGAAAAGAAAAUGUAUAUUAACAUCGUUUUUUAAAAUAUUUAAAAUAAAACCAAGUUACAAAAA